UAAUGCCAACCUCGAAAGCCACGCCCCCUGAUAGUCUCUAUAAAUGCUCGAUUAACAAAAUUAGUCCUCGAUUAGACGACAUGUACUCACCACAAGAGGCGGCUGAGCUUAAAAAACGGAAUUAUCGCAGCAUCAGGGAGAUGAUCCGAAUCGCCUACACGGUGGGCUUUAAUCUCAUGGAUCCCUCUCGCUGUGGUCAGGUAUUCAGAAUCUGGACUAUUGUUCUCAGCCUGAGUAGCCUGGCUUCGCUUUACGGCCACUGGCAGAUGUUGGCUAGGAAUAUUCAUGACAUACCGCGCAUCGUCGAGACAGUUAGCACUGCCUUCCAGUUUCUCUCUUCAAUAGCGAAGAUGUGGUAUUUUCUAUUCGCCCAUCGUCAGAUUUACGAUCUAUUGAGAAGAGCUCGCUGCCAUGAUUUGCUGCAAAAGUGCGAACUCUUUGAAAGGAUGUCAGAUCUACCUGUGAUUAAGACAAUCCGAGAGAAGGUGGAGUCCACAAUGGAUCGAUACUGGGCCAACACUCGUAGGCAACUACUUGUCUACUUGUAUUGCUGCAUUUGCAUUACCACAAACUAUUUUAUCAACUCCCUGGCCACCACUCUCUAUCGACACUUCACACGCCCCAAAGGUUCCUACGAAAUUGUGUUACCUCUGCCAUCACUCUAUCCAGGAUGGGCAGAAAAAGGUUUAGAGUUCCCCUAUUACUAUAUACAAAUGUAUCUGGAGACCUGCUCUCUUUAUAUCUGCGGCAUGAGUGCCAUCAGUUUUGAUGGAGUUUUCAUUGUUUUAUGCCUGCAUAGUGUGGGACUAAUCAAAUCACUCAAUCAGAUGAUUGACUAUUCCACAUCCGAGUUGGUACCACCAGAACGCAGAGUGGAAUAUCUUAGAUGGUGCAUCUAUCAGUACCAACGGGUUGCAAACUUUGCAGAAGAGAUCAACGAUUGUUUUCGGCAAGUCACCUUCUCGCAGUUCCUGCUCAGCCUUUUUGGCUUCGGAUUGGCUCUAUUCCAGAUGAGCGUGGGAUUUGGCAGCAACAGCAGCAUUAUUUUGUUCCGGAUGACCUUGUACCUGAUUGCAGGCGGCUACCAGAUAGUCGUGUACUGCUACAAUGGCCAGCGAUUUACGACGGCUAGCGAGCAGAUUGGCAGGGCCUUCUACGAGGUGCAAUGGUACGGGGAAUCCCGGGAGUUCCGCCAGCUCAUCCGCAUGGUGCUGAUGCGCACGAACCGGGGCUUCAGGCUGGACGUGUCCUGGUUCAUGCAAAUGUCCCUGCCCACUCUGAUGGCGAUGGUCCGGACAAGUGGACAGUACUUCCUGCUGCUGCAGAAUGUCAACCAGAAAUAGGGCUCAAAGCUGAAUAAAAUAACAGUCCGUGCAGUGGCAAAAAAUGAGUAU